UGGGCUGGGGGGUGAGGAGAAGACAAGCAAGGGCUGAGCAAGGACAGCUCAGCUCCAGGAGAGAAGCUGCCUGUAGGUUCGGUAGCAGCAGAUACUUGGGUUCAAGUACAUCCCUGGAGAGCUGCUGUCCCUCGCCUGUGCCUCAGUUUCCCCAUCUGUAAAACAAGGGGUGGGGUGGGGUGGGGUGAGACAAUCUCUAGGAUCCUUCCAGGGGUCCAGGAGGGUGGAAUCAGGGCACGGGGGAAGACACGGUAGGGAGGCCCACACCCUUCCUGUGGAGAAGAAACCUCUGAAGGCUUCCUGGAAGAGGAGGCAUGAAGCCUGGGCUGCAAGGGGGUAGGGAAGGUGGAAAUGGUACCCCAGGGUCAGGAAGAGCUUGAGCUAAGGCCCAGGGGACACGCAGAUGGGAAUCCCUGUAACUCUGUAGGUUGAGAAGGAAUGUGGUGGGGUGUGAAGCUAGAGAGGGAGGGGGGACCCACGGCUUCAUGGUGGGGUGUGAGCUCUGUUCUGGGGGCUGUUGAGGACCGAGAGUCAGUGAGAGUGGCCUGCCUUGUGCUGCCCCCUUCGCCUGCCCCCUCUCCCGCGUACACUUGACCGUCACGUUCCUGUAGAACCUGUGACCAUGGUGGUGCCUGCGUGUGCUGGACACGUUACACAUCAGUUCCCAUGGCAACCCCAUAAAGUGGGCAUUACUGGGCCCGUUCACAGACGAAGACACUGAGGCUGAGAGAGGGAAGUUUUUGCCCAAAGUCAUGAUCUGACCCUCAGUUUUCCCGUGCUUCUUCCACUAGCUCUCACUUUUUUGGGGGGGGGCAUUUUUGUCCUGUGUGACACCAGCCAUCCUAGGAACCCCCAAGCUCAUAGAAGUGCCUGCCAAGAGCAGUGCAGUUGGGUCUGGAGGUUGGGGGUGGGCGAACCCUCAGAUGUUAGCAGGGCUGGCUUUCUCCAAGACCUGAGCUUCUGUCCCCACAGACAUCCUCUGAGAUGGGGGUGAGGCAGGGCUCCUUCCCACUUUACAGAUGAGCAGACUGAGGCCCUAGGAGUCCAAGGUCAAUGCAGUGACAGCAUGGGCAGGGAGCCCCAUCUUAUCACCCAGCUGAGGCUGGAGGGAGGUUCAAAUCCCCUGAGAUCUGUGCAGAAGCUGACCCCCACAGCCCUCCCCCCACCCCCAGGGAGUGGGAAAGACUGGCAUUAGAAUCACAGACCUGGGUUCAAAUCCUGGUUUUGUCUUGCACAAACAGUGUGAUCUUGGGCAAGUUAUUACUCUGAGCCUCGGUUUUCUUAUCUAUAAAGGGAGACAGCAGGCCUCUUUCAUUCAGUCAUCAAUACAUGUUUAUUCAGAACCUGCUGGGUGUCCAGUGUUGGGCUUUAGUGGAGAAUCAGACCUUUACUCGGAGAACUCAGCUCAGGAGUCAGAGCAGCAGUUUUCAUUCUGGUUGUGAUGGAAGAAGCCCAGGGUGCUGUGGGAACCCACAGGAGGGACCCCAGCCAGACCAUUUUGAUUGGUGGAGGGAAGCAGGAGGGCAGGAGAGGAAAGCAGGAAACCAGCUCCGCAAGACCCCAGAGGCUGGGCUUCAGAUGAUUCUUGUUGGAAAUUUCUCAGAUCAGUAAGGGAGCCGGUGAAGGCUUUUGAGCAGGGGAGCACCAUGCUCUGAUGUAUGUUUUAGAAUGCUCCUCCUCUGCUGGGUGGAGGGGGCGCUAAGAGUGGAGGCAGGGAGACCCUUGAGCAUGCAGAUUGAGAAAUUCACUUGGGGCAAGGAAGGAGACUGAAGCAGGACAGGAGCAGUGGGAGGACAUACACCAAGACCAUCCAGGUGUGGGCAAGUGGGGAUGCUCCUGGCUGGCUCAGGGACAGGGGAGAGAAGCAGGGGUCGGGGAGUGGGCGGGCAGUGGGAGGUGAGUCCAGUCAUGGGUGAGGACAGGUUGAGUUUCACAUGCCAGGGAGGGGUCCAGAAGGCAGUGGGAGGGAGAUGGUGGUUGGUACCAAGCUGCUAACAGAAGCUUUGGGAGGGGUGGAGAUGCUGGGCAGUAGGAGUGGGAAAGUGGAUUUGGGAAGAUCAGAGGGUAGGGACCAGGACUUCAGGGAAGGUCCCUGCAAAGUAGCCCAAAGCGGGAGUUGCCUGGCAGGUAGGAGGAAUCCCGGGGUGUAGGGACUUAGGUCUGGCCAGGAGAUGACAGGAGUCACAUGUGUCAGGCAAUCUGCCCAGUGCCAGGAGCAUGGGAGGGGCCCUGGAGGGUCAGUUCCCACCUGACUGUCACCAGAAAGCAGAACCGUAGUCUGUCCCCCACUGCCAUCCCGAAGAGGAGGGGACCACCGAGGAGGAGGAGGUGUUUGGGAAGGAGGGAAAGGGGAAGAAACAUUUGCAUGCAUAACAAGGCUGAAGCGAGGGAGAGAGAAAGAGGGAGCAGGGGAUGAAAAGAAAUUACCAUACGCCGGGAUCUUGUUAUUCAACCCAAUUUUCAAAGGACCACAGCUGUCGCACUGAGAUAAUCCGUUAAUUAUAACAGCCAUUGUGCUUUGGCAACGGGAGAGAAACCGAGGCUGGGGAGCAGGCUAAAGGCAGGGGUGGGAGCAGGUCUCUGAGGGGGCAGGAACAGGCAGGAAGGCAGACACUGUCCAGGGCCAGGCCUCAUCCCUUCCUCGCUGCCACUGCUGAGCGAUGGGUGACAGGGACCCUGUUUGUGCCAGGCACUGUGCCACAUCUGUGAGCCAGGCCAUCCUAACCAUUCUAGAGGUAGCUGCGAGCACUUACUAUGUGCCAGACCUGCUCUGAAGCUUUCGUUCUCCCACCCUCUGAGGUCGUGCCCUUCUCGUCCCAUUUUACAGAAGAGGAGACUGAGACUCAGAGGAAAGAAAUAGCUUGCCUGGGCCACACUCUUCGUUCAGUGGCAGGGCUGGGAUUUGAGUUGAAGGUGGCCUGUCCUUCCAGGAGAACACUAAGGAGGGCCGGUCUCCAUGGGUUGGCCACACAGACUUGGUGGACACGUGUCCUGGGCUGUGGUUUCUGUGCAGCCGGCAGUCCAUGGGGUGGCCCUCCCCUGGGCACUUCCAGGGCUCCUCCUGCCCAAACAGAGCUUCCUUGUUCUCUGAUGCCACAGCUGCAGGCCCCUGCAAGCCGUACCCAGCGCCCCCCCCACCCCACCCCUGCAGAGAAGCCAAUCUCAGGGCCAGGAGAGGGACCCCAUGCAACCACCUGGUUUGGGAUUGUGAUGGGCUGUCACCCUGGGACGGGCCUGGCCCUGGCUGGCUAUGUGCCCAGGUGGUGGCAUGGGAGAGGCCGUGGGGAGGGUGGGCAGGAGUCCCAGGUGAGCAGAGCAAGGGGAACCUGAGCUCUGGUUGAGGGGCAGGAGCAAGGGGCCAUUCUAGAAGCCCCGGAGCCCUUUGCCGCAGCACCCGCUCUGGGCUGUGAAUUGAGCAGCCAAGGCUUUAGACCUCCUGGUGUCCACAGCAGCCUUGGCGGGAGCCUCAGCCCGUCUUGGCUGGCAACAUUUUAUGGAGUAGGAAUUGUAUUUGGGAGCCCGUUACUCCCAAACCCCAGCAGGAGCCCCCAACUUGACCCAGCAAACCGAGCAGCAUUGUUGAAGAGCCAGGGACCCCGCAGGGCGACAGGCAGGUCAGGGGGCUGUGUGGGGGUGCCCUCCUGGUUUGGGGUCCCCACUCCGGUGGGCCUGCUUGGAGGUGAGAAAGGGUUGUGGAUGGGCCAGGGCAGUCCUGUACCAUCAGUGACACAGAGGCCAAGUAGACUUUUAGGAUCAAGGAACUACAGAACUCUUGAGCCCCAGAUUCGUAAUCAGAGACCUGCCAUCCCCACAAAAAGAUCUAUGCCUUCAGAGUGUCCCAGAGCCACAGAACUAGGGAGGCUUGUGCCAUCUGCCCUAUCUCCACAGGGAUGUAGAAGGUAGGCAGCCAGUUCUUCCAGGUUUGCCAGUCAUUCUAGAAGUGGGGAUUUUAAAAAUAAAAUCUCCCAAGUUAUCAACAUUGGCAAGUAAUUAAAAAAAAAAUUUUUUUUAAGCCAUUGUCCAGAUGAAACAGGAACUCAUAGUAUGCCUUGACCACCUAGAGCCUGGUGCCAUGGAGGGUCAAAGUCACUCUGUAGCAGUUGUGAAACCUCAGUUUCCUCCUCUGUAAAGUGGGAAUAAUAACAGCACGACUCAUGAGGUUGUGCAGAGGAUUGAGUGAGUUCACAUGAGAAGUGUUUAGGCCUACCCGUGUCAGCCCAGGACUCUGCUUUCAUUUUGCCCCCGGGGCUGCGCUCUCUGCCACCCGGAGCCUCCACUUCUCCCCGUGGGCUCCAGCCGUGCCAGUCUGCCCUAGGACAGCCCUGAGGGUGUUGGAAAGCAGGGAAAUAUUCACCCCCUGGGGCCCUGGAGAGGGAGCAGAGCCGGGAGGGUGGGCCUAGCCAGCGCCUGGUACAUAGUAGGUGCUCCAUAAAUGUUUAUUGAAUGAAUGAAUGGAGGCCAUGCAGGCAGAGGCAGCCGUGCGUGCGCAGGCACUGGUGAAAGAGCGGGUCCAGUGGAGACUGGAACCAGGUGACAGACGGGUCCCUUCCUUCCUGUCCCCGUCUUUCGUGCUCCCCCCUCAGAGUCCCAGUCUCCAGCCUCCUGUGGGAAUCGUCUGAAACUCUGAGCCCGGAGUCCCAGGAGGAAGAGGAAGAAGCGGAGCAAGUCAAGCCCCGAGAACCUGGGCAUCUUCCUGGCAGGAAAGGAGCACCUCGGGGAAGCAGGCUGUGGGGCCCGCAGCCCCCCCUGGCCUUGGUCUGGCUCUGGUGCCUGGUGACUGUGGGUAGCACCCCAGAAGGCCCCCUGACGGUUGGCACUGGCCGUGCCCGCGUCACCUGGGGCCCCCGAGCUGGGGGUCCCACCAAAGAUGGUGGCAGCCCCAGGGAGGACUGUGCUGCUGGCCCCAACCUCUGGCCACUAGGCCCCCCGGCGCCCCGGCCCCCCACCCUGAGCCAGGCCUGAGAGGGGGCCGUGGCCGGAGCCAUGCUGCGCCUGGGGCUGUGCGCGGCCGCGCUGCUGUGCGUGUGCCGGCCGGGAACCGUGCGCGCCGACUGCUGGCUCAUCGAGGGCGACAAGGGGUACGUGUGGCUGGCCAUCUGCAGCCAGAACCAGCCACCCUACGAGACCAUCCCGCAGCACAUCAACAGCACGGUGCACGACCUGCGGCUCAACGAGAACAAGCUCAAGGCCGUGCUCUACUCCUCGCUCAACCGCUUCGGGAACCUCACCGACCUCAACCUCACCAAGAACGAGAUCUCCUACAUAGAGGACGGCGCCUUCCUGGGCCAGUCGAGCCUGCAGGUGCUGCAGCUGGGCUACAACAAGCUCAGCAACCUGACCGAGGGCAUGCUGCGGGGCAUGGGCCGCCUGCAGUUCCUCUUCGUGCAGCACAACCUCAUCGAGGUGGUGACGCCCGCCGCCUUCUCCGAGUGCCCGAGCCUCAUCAGCAUUGACCUGUCCUCCAACCGCCUCAGCCGUCUCGACGGCGCCACCUUCGCCAGCCUGGCCAGCCUCAUGGUGUGCGAGCUGGCCGGCAACCCCUUCAACUGCGAGUGCGACCUCUUCGGCUUCCUGGCCUGGCUCGUGGUCUUCAACAAUGUCACCAAGAACUAUGACCGCCUGCAGUGUGAGUCGCCGCGUGAGUUCGCUGGCUACCCGCUGCUGGUGCCCCGGCCCUACCACAGCCUCAACGCCAUCACCGUGCUCCAGGCCAAGUGCCGAAACGGCUCGCUGCCCGCCCGGCCUGCAAGCCACCCCACGCCCUAUUCCACCGACACCCAGAGGGAGCCUGACGAGAACUCAGGCUUCAGCCCCGACGAGAUCCUGUCGGUGGAGCCGCCGGCCUCAUCCACCACGGACGCGUCGGCGGGGCCGGCCAUCAAGCUGCACCAGGUCACCUUCACCUCAGCCACGCUGGUGGUCAUCAUCCCGCACCCCUAUAGCAAGAUGUACGUGCUGGUCCAAUACAACAACAGCUACUUCUCCGACGUCAUGACACUCAAGAACAAGAAGGAGAUCGUGACGCUGGACAAGCUGCGGGCACACACUGAGUACACGUUCUGCGUGACCUCGCUGCGAAACAGCCGCCGCUUCAAUCACACCUGCCUGACCUUCACCACCAGGGACCCAGUGCCCGGCGACCUGGCACCCAGCACCUCCACCACCACCCACUACAUCAUGACCAUCCUGGGCUGCCUCUUCGGCAUGGUCAUUGUGCUGGGAGCCGUCUACUACUGCCUGCGCAAGCGGCGCAUGCAGGAGGAGAAGCAGAAGUCGGUCAAGGUCAAGAAAACCAUCCUGGAGAUGCGCUACGGGGCUGACGUGGACGCCGGCUCCGUGGUCCACGCCACCCAGAAGCUGGGUGAGCCCCCCGUGCUGCCCGUGUCCCGAAUGUCCUCCAUCCCCUCCAUGAUCGGGGAGAAGCUGCCCACCACCUCCAAGGGGCUGGAGGCUGGGUUGGACACGCCCAAGGUGGCCACCAAGGGCAACUAUAUCGAGGUGCGCACGGGCACGGGCAGCGAGGGCCUGGCGCGGCCAGAGGAUGACCUCCCUGAGCUGGAGAACGGCCAGGGCUCCGCUGCUGAGAUCUCCACCAUCGCCAAAGAGGUGGACAAGGUCAACCAGAUCAUUAACAAUUGCAUCGAUGCCCUCAAGCUGGAUUCGGCCUCUUUCCUGGGGAGUGGCAGUGGUGGUGGGGACCCCGAGAUGGCCUUCGAGUGCCAGUCCCUCCCUGCAGCCUCCACCACCUCCUCCACCGCCACCCCUGUUCCUGGGGUGCUGGAGCGCCCCAGCUUCCUCUCGCCCCCCUAUAAGGAGGGCUCCCAUCACCCGCUGCAGCGCCAGCUGAGCGCCGAUGCCGCCGUGGCUCGUAAGACCUGCAGCGUCUCCUCCAGCGGCUCCAUCAAGAGCGCCAAGGUCUUCAGCCUGGACGUGCCGGAUCAUCCGGCCACUCCGGGGCUGGCCACGGGCGACUCCAAGUACAUCGAGAAGGGCAGCCCCCUCAACAGCCCGCUGGACCGGCUCCCGCUGGUGCCGGCCAGCAGCAGCGGGAGUAGCGGCGGCGGUGGCGGCGGCGUCCACCACCUGGAGGUGAAGCCCGCCUACCACUGCAGCGAGCACCGGCACAGCUUCCCGGCCCUGUACUACGAGGAGGGCACCGACAGCCUGAGCCAGCGCGUGUCCUUCCUCAAGCCGCUGACCCGCACCAAGCGGGACUCCACCUACUCGCAGCUCUCCCCCAGACACUACUACUCAGGUUACUCUUCCAGCCCUGAGUACUCGUCCGAGAGCACGCACAAGAUCUGGGAACGCUUCCGGCCCUACAAGAAGCACCACCGGGAGGAGGUGUACAUGGCCGCCGGCCACGCCCUGCGCAAGAAGGUCCAGUUCGCCAAGGACGAGGACCUGCAUGACAUCCUCGAUUACUGGAAGGGGGUCUCGGCCCAGCAGAAGCUGUGACCCUCUCCCCACCCCCGACCCCGGUGAGGUUGGAGGGGGAGGGCCAGGGGCACGCGGGGAAGGGCCAGGGCGGCGGGCCGGGCGCGCUGGGGGCCGAGGAGUGGACGCACACGCACACCCGCACGCACGCACCCACGCACACACCUGACCACCACCUGACUGUGAACAACCACCACCCGACAAUAACGGACAGGAAAACAAAGACAUGUUCUCCUUAAAGUUUACACACUGAUACCGAAACCAGUCGUCUUUACUGUGCUGCCCAGGGACUCUGCCGGGGUGUGCGGGCCGGGUUGGGGGCGGGGGGAGGGGCAGACGAGGAAGCCAGAAGAGGGUGUGGGGUCUGGGGCUCUGGGACUAGGGACAGGUUUUGGGGUAAAGGAGCCUGGGGUGGAGAUGGACCCAAGCUCCCCUGGGGCAGGGAGGGGGUCCCCCCAGAUGGGGGACAGGUUACUGGGAGACUUAGUAGCAGAUGGACAUUGGGCAUCGUCUUCUCCCUUUAUGGAUGGGGAGACCGAGGCCCAAAGGAAGGGAGUGAUAGCCCCAGGGUCAUGUGGCAGGUUAGAGGCAGUCUCCCAGUUUCCAAGCCCAGUGCUGUCCCCCACUCCCCCGGUGGCUCCUCUGGGGCCCUCACCCUCUGCUCAUCCACUACCCGGUUCCAGAGCUGUGGUCUCCUGGAGCUGAGGGGUCAGGCAGGUGCUUUUCCUUUCUAGAAAGGCUUAUGGCCAUGCCCCCAGGGCGUGGAACUGUGAUUCAUCAUGGGUGGCUAUUGGUGGGGGGGUCUCUGCCCCCUGAUGCCAGCACCCAGGAGAAGUGGGAGGUCCUGGUCAUAGGGGAGGUGCAGGCAUGGGACGGCCCACCAGCCCACUUCAAGUGUCUUCCAAGUAGCCUGGGAGCUGUGGAUGGGGUCUGAGGAGAGUGCCUGGGCCAGCGGCCUCGCCGUCUCAGGUGCAGGCCUCCACACCCCAGCCCCCCAGCCUCUCUGGGCCUCCAAGACCCCUGCUCAUCCCAGAAGGGCAGGGGUGAGCUGUGAUACCUGAGAGCAGCCGGGAGGUGGAGUCCACUGGGGGCCUUCCUGCUUCUGCCCCUACGUCCUGGCCUCCCACCUGCCAGACCCCUGCUGUUGGCUCUCCGGGCAGCAUCUCAGCCUGCCCAGAGGAAGGAGGGCCUUCUGGGGCUUUUCCACUUACACCCUCUUGGCUGCCUAUCCCCACCUUACCCACUGGCCUGAGAGGCCCCCAUGUUUCCAUGGAAAUGGCCGCUCCUCCCAUGCUGACCCCUACCCAACAUCAAACAAAGCACAAAUGGUGAGCACCCCCCGCACCCCUCCUGGGAAGGAGCAGGCUGGGUUCCUGGGGCCCCUCCCCCUCCCUGGCCUGCCUCUGUCGCCAUGGCAACCCAGAGCCUGGCAGUUGGGACCGUUGGGCUUCUGGGGGCUCUCUCUCUGUCAUUGUGGGUGGCAGAGGGCGGUGAGGGAGGGCAGGGCCAGAUGGGGUGGCUGCCUUUCUCACGAGCUAGGGGCUUCCUGGGGUCAGCUCUAAGGGACGGAUCUGGGGUCCUGAGACCGUCUUGGAGACUGUCUUGAACACUGUCAGGGUGCUGAGGGGCCAGAGUCAGCUCCCCUGCACCUGUGGAUGGGAGGUGGGCCAGUGGGGAGUGAGACGACUCUAGCUUUGCCCACCUGCCCAUGUGCCCCUUGGCGCCCCACCCACCUCAGGAGCAGAAGGAGCCCACUGGGCUCUCCUCACACUCCUGCUUUCGGCCUGUCACUCAGUUGGGUUCUUGAGUUUUGGGGGUGUGACUGUGGGGUGAGGGUGGGUGCUGGAUGGGACCAAGACCUAUACUGUGGAGGGGAUUCUGACCAGGAAAGCUAGUGCCAUUCCCUGGGUGGUGGACACCAGUGACCUUCCUGGGGGAGGACAGUGGAGGGGAAAGAGGCCUUAGGGCUCAACUGAGCCCCACUUGGGAGACGGACCAAGCCUGGGGCUCACUUUGGGGGUGACAUUUGCAAAGAAAGGACUGUUCUCCUGGGGGAGUGGAGGGGAGGGGGCCAGCAUGGAUAUGCAGAGCAGACCUCCCCCAACUCCCCAAAACCUGCCCCAACCCCUCCUCACACCGGAUUGAUGAAACAGAAAAGCAAGCAGAGAAGCAGUGACGAGAGAAAGCAGAUUCCCUGUUAUAUUUGCAUGACGAUUUUACUGUAUUUUUCUGAGCAAACAUCUGUCGUGUAUGUGCCAGUUUGUCCAGACUCCCUGGCCUUUCCUCCCCGCCGCGCUCCCAUUCCCACAUUCCCUCUGUUGUGAUCUGACAAGCAGCUCUUGAAACCCAGGGAGGGGCCCGCUCUGCAAAAGACCCAAAACAGGUGCCACCAAAAACACCCCCCACCCCCGACUCACCUUCUGUCUUUCUGGACGUCGAGGCCAGCCCACAAGUGCCGCCUCCCCUCCUCCCAUCAGCCUUUUCCUGGCCAGGGAAGGGCAGCCCCAGGGAAGGCCGCCUGGGGGGACUGCUCCUCUGUUGCACUUGCUCCCAUUUUGCAGAUGAAGAAGUGGGAGCUCCCCAAAAGGGAGGGGUCUGGUGAUUUGCUGGGAGAGUCAGUCACAUUGCUGAGUACAGGAGGCCAAGAGCUUGGGGCUUCAUGGAUGGCUCUACAAGUGGGGGGCUUGGGGCCCUGAGGGAAGAACCCAUAAGAGGUUCCCCUCCCUUGAGGUUGGCCUGGGGACAGUGCUGCCCACAGGGAGGAAUCCUGCAGCAGGAGCAAGAGCUCCCCUCAAAUCCUCCGUCAUUCCUGGUUGAAGAUGACCUAUAAAAACCUCAGAUAGGCUGGCUUUGCGGGGCUUCAGAGGAUAGGUCCCCAUCUUAACUGCAAGGGUCUUCCACUCCAAGAGGUGAACCCAUAUUCACAGCCCAGGGCAUACAGGUCUAUGAUGCAGAUUAAGAUGACCUCCUAGGUGCCGGGGUCUUCCACUUCAGGAGGUGAAUCCACGUUCACAGCCCAGGGCAUACAGGUCUAUGAAGCAGAAUAAGAUGACCUCCUAGGUGCCCAGGCCAGGCCAAAGCUCCGGGGAGUGGGGCACACACUGUCGCUCACCCCAGAGGCUUUCCUGCAUCUAUGUCCUGUGUCCUGUUCAGGGGAAAAUAUUCACAAAAGACCGGUGAACAUUUACGUCCAGGAAUCUGGCUGGCCGGGGUCCUGUGUUUGUAAUGGCAAUGAACACGGCGGGCCCCGGGUUCAUGGCCUGGGCCGGUCAGGAGGGCAGGCAACCAAGAGAGAAGGGAAAGGGUGGGGGGUGUCCCAGGGAGCAGGUGACAGGGGGGCCUGGUGGAGUGGGGUUGCUGUACCCUGGACCUUCUGGAGGCUGGCUGGGCUCUGAAUAAACCUUCACAGGAGCUUCCUUGGCACCUGUCCCUGGGAAGGGGCACCCAUGGUCUCCUGGAGAAUGCACUAGGGACAGUGACCCCUCUGCUGGAGCUAAUGGCCUUCCAGAAGGGAAAAGUGGGGGUCUGGCAGGAAGAAAGCUUAGUCUGGGGUGGCCACCUCCUCGGGGGUCCCAGGCUUGUCUCCUCUCCACAGGAGGGGCCUGUGUUGGCUCCCCAGAGGCUCCUCGCCCCGACCCCUCCUAGGGGACAGAGCAGGAGGAUGGUGGUGGCCUGUGUCCAGGCUGGGAAGGAACUGUCUGUGGGGGUCGGGGGUGGGGGGUGGUUGGAGUAGAAAGACCCACCUGGGGAAGAGGAGGUCUGCAGAAUCCCAGAGAGGCACAGGGAGGAGAGUCUGAGCCUGGCCGAAGGGCUCUGAGGUUCCUAGCAAGGAGUUGCCCACCUGCACCCCUCCUGUCCUGGACAUGUUAACAGAUGGGGAAGCAGAAGUACAGGGAGGAAAAGGAAAGAAAUCUUCUAGGGUCUCAAAACAUACUAAGGCCAGGAGAGGCGCCAGACAUGGGGGACAAGAGUGACAGGUCCCGGCUUAUAAGGGGCUUACAUGCAGUGAAGGGACAGCCACAAAGUGCUCCCCAGUGAAUGGACGUUGCACAGAGAAUCAAAAACUGGGAGAAUAGAGUGAGGCGGGCCGGGGGAGUCCUCGGGGCAGGGGAGCCAAGCUCUGAACGACAGAGCCAGAGGACUGGCCUGCUGGCCAGGGGAGGAUGACAUGGGAUGAGGGAGAAGUAAGGUUGUUAGCAGGGGCUGGACGCCCCCGCGUACCUCCUCCGGUGACCUCCACUACUCUGGCCCUGCCCUGCAAGGCCAGCAGCAUCCCACCACAUUCCUGAGGAGGGAGUGGGGGGCCUUCUUUCUGAGGUGGUGGAUGGGUGGUCCAGGCAUGAGGAGGCCUGGGGGUGUCAGAGCCCCACAGGGCUUAAGGAGCCCCCCUGAAGCUUGCCCGCCAGGCCAGAGUGAAGGUUCGGGCUUGCCUGACGUCAGGGCUGGUCUCCUCUCUGCCGAGACCUCUGCUACACAGCCUCCUCAGUCCUAGGAGCUGCCGUGCUCCUGGUCUAUCCUCCCACCUUUAAGACAGGACCGGUAUUCGACUCCUUGUUCUCGUGCCUGCCACCGAGUCCCCCAUUAAGGGCAUCACUGCUGCCGAGAAGUAGGGAGAGGAAAGCGGGUGGAAUGGGGUGGGCUUGAGAGGGUCUGGUCAGCCUCCCCUUCCCUCACCUGCCCCUCACCAAACAAGCACAGGGCUGGGCAGGGCCGAGGGGGUCCGCUCUUGUCCCCUGGCUUCCUCUGCCCCCCCCAACCCCGGCCCUGGGGCCACCAGCCCCUCCAUCCCACCCCACAGCUUGGCACCUGGUUUGGGUCCUGCAGAGCUGGGCUCCUGGCCCCGGGCUACGAACCUGUGAACCCCAGCUGUGUGUGGACCUUUCUUCCCGUGGCGGGGCCUGAACUCUCCUUUUCUUCUUUUUGGGGUGGGGGGAGGGGUAACUUCAUUUAUUUUCUCUUCCCUAUAUCUGCCUCUCCCUCCUCCCUAUUUCCUGUUUUAAACUGAAUGGCACGAAAUUGUUUUCCUCAACUCGGAGAUUCCUGUAUGGAGAGAAUCAAUUUCUAUAUUUGCAAUAAAUUUCUUAUUUAAAACAA